UGGAAGAAACAAAAAACGAAAAAGAAACGCAUAAAUAGAUAAUUAAAUUAAAAUAAAAUUAAUAAAAAAGAGAAAGUGCACCAUGGUUUUAUAAAGCAAAAUUCUCAAUCCCAAUUUUCUUCUCUCUCUUCUCUCUCUAAAUUGCGUUUCUCUUCUUCGAUCAGUUUUGUUUUCUCCGGCGAAUUGAUUCACUCAUCGGCGUUUAUUUUUCCGGUGAGGUAAGAUUCUCGAUCGAAACGAUUUGCUUUCCAUUUCUUCUCCGAUUAGUUUUUGCUUCAGAUCUGGGAAAUUUCUGUUGACUUUGAUUUAGGGCUUUAUUUUUUUGCGUUGGAUUAGGUUUUGGGAUUUGUGCUCAAUUGCGCUUAAUUGUGGUUAAUUACUGGUGAUGAAAUUUUUGCGGAAUUAGGUUUUGUUGCGGUGUUGGGUGGAUGGAACCGGGAACGAGAAUUGGUAGUCCUUCUGGAGUUGUGGUGAAGAAUAGAAGCUCCUCUGGGUGUUUGAUUGUUAGGAAGAAAGGAGAUGGUUUGGGUGGCGGUGUUGGUGGUGGUGGUUCAAGUUCGCGGAAGCAGUUUGAUUCGAAGAAAGUAAGGAAAAAGGUGAAGGUGGAGGUUGAUUCGAGUGAUUCAGAAUCGAGUGGGGAGUUAGUGAUGCCGUCUGGUAGGAGGCUUGGGCCGGAGACAAUCCGAGUUUGUAAUAGUUUGAGUGCUCUUGAGCGAGGUGGUGGUGGUAAUGUUGGUGGCGGGGAGAUUAGUAGGAAGAGGGAGAGGAUGGAGCAGAUUCGGCGCAAUGGGGAUGGUAUGGUUGAGGGGAAUGGGUUGGAGAGGAGGGAGAAGAAAGUUAAAUUGGAUGUAUUUGAUUUUGAUGAGUAUGAUGGAGUGGGUAAGGAAAGGAUGAGGAGGCAGUUUGAUAAUGACAGGGUUGGUUUAGGAGGGGGAAGGUUUAUGGGAACAAUGCACGCUGCUAGAGGUAGUGUUGAUAGGGAAAUUGAAACUGGUUCAAGCAGACACAUUGUGGAUAAGAGGAAAAAAGCGUAUUACAACAGGGCAAUUGGCUUGCAUCCCGGAGAUGGCGGUGAACAUAGUAGGAUAAAGAUGAAAAGGGAUGGAACUCAACCUCCUCUGCCCUUGUUGAAGGAGAAGUUUAAACCUGACGAGUCCAUUAGGGUUCAGGGAAAAAAUGGUGUUUUGAAGGUGAUGGUUAACAAGAAGAAGGUGGGUGGGUCAGUAGAACGCUAUGAACAACGUAAACCAGUAGAAAGCAAACAAAGUUUAAGGGCUGAAGGCACUUCUAAGAGGAGUGUUCCGAUCCAUCCUUCAUCACACUUAGAAACAAAAUCUGCUGAGAAACAGGGUUUACUUGUUAGGCCAGAGAAGAAACAGAUAACAACAAGAAAAUCCUUGUCAAGUAAGGAGGACAGCAAGGGAAUGGAGCAGGAUUCAGAUGACAAUGACACAUCAAUGAAUCUGGAAGUAAAAAAUAUUAAAGCUCACACACCAUCAAAAAAGAUAACCUCUGAAAAUGAACAGACUCCUGUACAUGACAAGCUCCCGACUACAAAGUCAAGUGAAGGGAAAAUCAGGCGAGGUAGUGGCACAGAAAAGCAGAAACUACGAGAACAAAUACGGGAGAUGCUUCUGAAUAAAGGCUGGACCAUAGACUAUCGCCCACGGAGGAAUAGAGACUAUUUAGAUGCAGUUUACAUUAAUCCUGGGGGAACAGCUUAUUGGUCCAUCAUCAAGGCCUAUGAUGCACUUCAAAAGCAAUUGAUUGAGGAUGAGCGAGCGGCCAAAGGGGAGAGUUCUUCUUUUGCUCCUAUUGCUGAUGAUGUGCUCAGUCAAUUAACAAGGAAAACUCGGAAGAAGAUGGAGAAAGAUUUGAAGAUGAAGAAGAAGAAGCAAAGGAUUGAUGACAUUGAUAGCGGAAAAGAACGGCAGAUUAAAAGAACUUCUGGCAAAAAGCAUCACAUGAAUAGCAUUGAUAGUGAUAGCAAUGAAGACAAGUUAAGCUCCUUUAUCAAGCAACAAGGAAGUAAAUCGAUGAAAGCUAAAUUGACUGAAAAUGCUGUUACCGGUGGUAGCUCUAAAAGCCAGAAUGCUACAACUGAGAAACCAUUCUCUGAAAAUGACCCUCAGAACCCACAUGGAAGGAAAAGUAGAAAACAUGGAAGGUGCACUUUAUUAGUUCGUAACAAGGGAUUGAAUUCAGAAUCCGAUGACUUUGUUCCAUAUACGGGCAAACGAACAGUGCUUUCCUGGUUGGUUGACUCAGGGGUAGUACAGGUAAGUCAGAAGGUUCAGUACCGCAGGAGGAAGAAAGUAAUGCUGGAGGGAUGGAUCACCAGAGAAGGCAUUCACUGUGGCUGCUGUAGUAAGAUCCUCACAGUUUCAAAGUUCGAGCUUCAUGCAGGAAGCAAAUUGCCUCAGCCAUAUCAGAACAUAUAUUUAGAUUCUGGAGUUUCUCUUCUACAGUGCCAGAUAGAUGCGUGGGAAAAACAAGAGAAUUCUGGGAAAAUCAGUUUCCAUUCAGUAGAUGUUGAUGGUAACGAUCCAAAUGAUGAUACCUGUGGUAUAUGUGGAGAUGGAGGAGAUUUGAUCUGCUGUGAUGGUUGUCCAUCAACAUUUCAUCAGAGUUGCUUGGAUAUACAGAUGCUCCCUCCUGGGGAAUGGCGUUGUCCAAAUUGCACCUGUAAAUUUUGUGGACUAGCCAGUGCAACUACUGACAAAGAAGAUGAUGCAACUGUAAAUGCUCUACGUACUUGUGACUUGUGCGAGAAAAAAUAUCAUGACCGCUGCACUAAGGACAUGGGUGCCCUUCUUGCCAACUCCAAUAUGUCAGAGCAUUCCUUUUGUGGAAAAAGCUGCAAAGAGCUCUUUGAGAACUUGAAGAAGUACCUUGGUACCAAGCAUGAACUUGAUGCAGGCUUUACAUGGUGUCUUGUUCGUAGAACAAACGAUGAUUCGGAAGCAGCUAGUAGGGGAGUCACCCAGAGGGUGGAGUGCAACUCCAAGCUGGCUGUUGCACUGACCGUGAUGGACGAAUGCUUUUUACCUGUUGUUGAUAGGAGGAGUGGGAUCAAUUUAAUCCAUAAUAGUUUAUAUAAUAGCGGGUCAAACUUCAGUCGGUUGAAUUAUACUGGCUUUUAUACCGCUAUUUUGGAGCGGGGUGAUGAAAUAAUUUCUGCAGCAUCUAUCAGGUUCCAUGGGACUAAUUUAGCAGAGAUGCCAUUCAUUGGAACUCGCCACAUAUAUAGGAAUCAGGGAAUGUGCCGCCGGCUUUUUUCUGCCAUUGAACUCGCUCUUUGCUCAUUGAAGGUUGAGAAGCUGGUAAUUCCUGCAAUUUCUGAACUUGUUCAUACAUGGACAACAGUUUUUGGUUUCACACAUCUUGAGGAACCACUUAGGCAAGAAAUGAGGUCAUUGAAUAUGUUGGUGUUCCCUGGCAUUGAUAUGUUACAGAAGCUUCUAGCAGAGCAAGGAAAACAUGAGGAUGCUGAGCAAUUUGAGAAUGGAGACGUGGGUUCUAUUAAGCCUGCUGUGGUCAAUGGAUUAGAUAUCAAUUCACCCGCUUUGCAAGAUCCUCAUGGAAGUGAGGAUGCUAGUUCCAAUCUCGCCAAUAAGAUUAACAAUGAAUGUAGUGAUGCUUCUCAAGAUAUAAGCAAUCAAGGUUUAACUGGCAGAACUGUGUGCUCCAAAUCUCAUUCUGAGGAAAGAAUAUCUAAUUUUGUUUCAGAAAACUGUGCUUCUCCUUCUAAUUCUAGUCAUGGGGUACUCAAAAAGAAAAUUAAAAUAUCGAUGUCUUCUCCCAUCAAUGAUCCAUCACCCAAAUGUCAACUCAUUUCGCCAAAUGAUACUUCUACAAAUGGUCUUCCAUCGGAUCACUCAGAUAGUCAUGAAAUCCGAGCUUUGGGUCAAGCAACUGCAUGUUCUGACCUAGCUACUACUGUAAAGAACAUGGUUGAACCUGCUUCUGAGGGGAAACCCCAUGCUUUCACUGAUUUGAAUUGUGAUUCACCAGGUCUUAACCAAAAUCCUGUGUCGGAUUCUCAAGUAGUGGAUAAUGCUUUGUCUUUUAAAGAGUUUGAUAUGAAUGAUGCCCAUGUUGAGGUUCUCGAAGCUGGUCCUUUAGUGAAUUCAUCUCAGGCGAACAAUACCGAAGAGAAUAAUGAAAAUGUAGAUGUCUCUGGUUCUGUUCUGAAUCAUGCUAUCACUGAUAUGAAUUGUGAUUCACCAGGGCUAGACCAAAAUCCUGUGUCGGAUUCCCGAGUGGCGGAUAAUGAUAUGUCUUUAAAAAAGUUUGAUAUGAAUGAUGCCCAUGUUGAGGUUGUUGAAGCUGGUCCUUUAGUGAAUUCGUUCAAAGGGAACAAUGCCAAAGAGAAUGAUGAAAAUGUAGAUGUAUCUGGUUCUGUUCUUAAUCAUGCUAUCACUGAUAUGAAUUGUGAUUCACCAGGGCUUGACCAAAAUCCUGUGUCGGACUCUCAAGUGGUGGAUAAUGAUUUGUCUUUAAAAAAGUUUGAUAUGAAUGAUUCCCUUGGUUUGGUUCUUGAAGCUGGUCCUUUAGGGAAUUCAUCUCAGGCGAACAAUACCAAAGAGAAUAAUGAAAAUGUAGAUGUCUCUGGUUCAGCUCUUAAUCAAGAUAUCACUGAUAUGAAUUGUGAUUCCCCAGGACUUGACCAAAAUCCUGUGUCGGAUUCUCGAGUGGUGGAUAAUGCUUUGUCUUGUAAAGAAUUUGAUAUGAAUGAUACCCAUGUCGAGGUUCUUGAAUCUGGUCCUUUAGCGAAUUUGUCCGAGGCGAACAAUGCCAAAGAGAAUGAUGAAAAUGUAGAUGUCUCUGGUUCAGUUCUUGAUCACACUGAAAGUGAUAUGAAUAAUAAUUCACCAGGGCAUGACCGAAAUCCUGUGCUUGAUUCUCAAGUGACGGAUAAUGCUUUGCCUUUUAAAGAGUUUGAUAUGAAUGAUGUCCGUGAUGAGGUUGUUGAAGCCAGUCCUUCAGUGAAUUCAUCUGAGGGGAACAAUACCAAAGAGAAUAAUAAAAAUGUAGAUGUCUCUGGUUCAGCUCUUAAUCAUGCUUCCAUUGAUAUGAACAGUAAUUCACCAGGUCUUGACCAAAAUCCUGUGGUGGAUUCUCAACUGGCGGAAAGUGCGUCUUGUAAAGAGUUUGAUAUGAAUGAUACCCAUGUCGAGGUUCUUGAAGCUGGUCCUUUAGUGAAUUUUCCUGAGGGGAACAAUGCCAAAGAGAAUGAUGAAAAUGUAGAUGUCUCUAGUUCUGUUCUUAAUCAUGCUGGUGAGAGUUCCUUGCAGGUAAGAUCUGAUUUGAAUGGUGAACUUGCAUAUGAAAGGGAAAAGAAUUCACAUUUGGACACAGAAGUUGCUUCAAAUGAAAUGCAUUUUGAUGAAACUGGCGUAAAUCCUUCUGGUGAUAGUGCUGAGACUGACCAAGCAUUGAAUGGUUGAGUUUAACAUCAUUGAUGUCUUCAGUUCUACGGCUCAUGCAACUUUUACAAUUUUUCACUUAAAGAUUCAAUGCCUUAUAUGCAACCAUUUUUCAAGGCUUUGGAACUUAUAUGUCAUGCUUUAAUCUAGAUAGUCUGAAAAGGUUAUAUAAAUUUCAAGGGAAAUAGUAGCGGGUCCCUUGCGUUGUUGUUUAAGUAUGAAUUUCUUAAGGUUCUAAGUUGACUUCAUUCCAUAUGAAUGUUUCUUCUGCCAAAAUGUUUCUAGGUUGCUUUUGGUUCAAGUUGUGUCCAUAUGGGUCCAUCGGGUGAAGCUGUUUUCCUGUAAUGUGCACCCAUCCUUCAUAGUUUCAUACCCAAGCAGAUCCUUUGAGUGUACUAUAUAUAUGAUAUAUGAUAUAUGCUUCUCGUUGUUUGUAUCUGAAAAUCUGUGGAGUGAAUUUGGCUUCCUUUUCAAGCCCUGUUUGCAAUUGACUAUUUUACGACAGUAAUUCAUUACAUAUAAUCAGCAGGCAGAUACUUGUUUUAUAUGAUAUUUUUGGUUACUUUCCUAGUUUUGAGUCAUAUAUGGUACCAAGAAACUAUGUUUCUCCAAUUCUGAUCCUCCACAUUGUUAUCCGCUUCUGCUCAAGCUCUCCAAUUGGUCGUGAUGUUCCCUUUUCCAGGGUCGCCAAUGCAUCCUCCAACAUUCAAAGGUUUGUCUUGUUAAAAUUGAAUGUGUUUGAAUAGUAUUUUUUGUGUACAUCAUAAACCAAAUUUGUGGUGCAUGCACUAUUACCGUGCUUGUAAGAAGUAAAGACCUUUCUUUGUGGAGGGUUUAUUUGGGUGUUGAGCUUUUGCUUUUGUUUCUUCAACUUUUUUGUAAUGAAGGUAAUAUGUUUGAUAUUAAAACGGCAAUUGCUGUCAUCUUGAAUGAAUUCUUGUACUUUUGUCAUCA